UGAAUCAAUGCCUAUAUAUGAUAGCAACAACAUAACUUUGAUAUUCCUUAGUUAUAAGGUUUAUUAGGUUUUUGUGAGUGUAUCCUUUUCCAAGUUGUGCAUUUGAAUCGAGAAUAUAUAAAAAGAAAUGCAAAUUUAUAAUUCGAUUUUGGUCAUAGGCAUCAAAUCAGUCUUGAAAUACUUGUAUCUGGAGCAUGUGCAUUGUACCAGAAAACGAAGAGUGUAACUACUAGAGGCUAAUAGUACCGGUUCACAAAAAUGUCAGGAGAAAGGGAUGCCGCUCGACCGCAAACUAAUUGAAAUUUUCGUGCCUCCCCGAUAUUAUUUAUCUAAUCUUUAUUGCGUACCACGGCUGCUUCAAUUUAUGCAUACUUUAGAACAUAACAUGAAUGAAUAAAAUAUUUGCUUCACUUUUGUAACUGAGCAAACCGAGAAAAAUACUUCCACACACGCAUCACGCAAUUAAAGAGUUAAAAUCAAAAAAAAAGGAACAUAGAAUUGAAAAAAUGCUUAGCCGAGCUGUUUCAAUAUUUUUAAUAUUGACAAUUACUUGGCAAGAAUUUAAAUGCGCCGAAAUCUGGUCAUGUAAAAUAGAGGAUAGUCAUCAUUUUUCGGACUCCUUACCCGAAGACAUUAUUGGUACUUGGUAUGAAAUAUUGCGUUAUCCAAGUAAAGAAAAAUCCAAAUGUGUUGAGGUUAAGGUAGCAUCAUUGCCAGAAGACGGCGAUCAAGAUGCUAAUGUGCUUCUGCAAAUCAAAUAUAAAAAUAGCAGAUGGAAACCUUUAAAACCCAAUUUACGAUUUCCUUGGGAUGAUUGGAUGAAAGAGGGAGAAUUUGUUUUUCACAAAACGCCUCAAACAUUAGAUGCCAAAGCGAUGUAUAAAUUAAUUGGAAUAAGCCACGAUAAAGAUUAUAUAUCAGCUUGCAUUUAUACAUCAAAAACUAAUACAUCAGAACUGAAAUUUCUAGGUAGAAAACCUGAUCGAAACGAACCUAUGGAGAAAGUACUUCUACACUCCUUAAGAUUACCUUUUGAUGUAGAUAACACCAGCGGUAAUACAUGGGUUUAUGAGGGUGAUAGGUGCAAAAGUUCGGCAUCAGCACUGACGGCUACAUUAACAAUGUAUUUACUGAGUUUAUCGGUAAAUAAAUUUGUAUAAGUGUAACGUAAAAUAGAGCACAAAGGAAAAAAUUUUCUAACCUGCACAAACUCUAAAUCCUUAUUAGCAAAAUGAAAAUUGUGCACUUAAUGAAUGAACGAAGAAUAUCUCAUCGAAUAAAAAAUGCGUCGUCCGCUAAAAAGCCUUUUAAAACAUAUGUCACAAAUGUCACAAGUGUCGGCGCUUAACUAAUAAUUUGUCUUCAACUGCAAGCGCUUAUAGUGUUGAGAGUUAAGUGAUUGUAAAGAGAAAUUCUGUCUACAGAAAUAUUAAGAGAUAUUUGUACAUCGGGAGGGUAUUAAGCAAACUUGAUAUGUAAAAUGAAUUUGUGGAAACUGUAGGAUGUUGCAAACAAUGUGGAAUCUGAAGAAAUCCAAGUAAAAGAGCUAAACAAACAAAAAAUGUUUAGAUACACACAUUUUAGAUGAUUUGAUAAACUUUUAUCUGUAAGAUAUAAAUAUUGCUGCAAUUAAAGACAGAAAAACGCUUUUGUUCUUUAAACAAUCUAAAGGAAGUACAAAAUAGAACUGAACACAACCAAAUACAAACUGCCAUAAGGGCAGUUCACACAGUCGUAUAGCAGAUUUACCCUUUUCAACAGCUUGCUUACUGGCAAUAAUGAGGCGAAAUGUUGAUAAACGAUAUCGAAACGUACUUCUCUGCAAUUUUUCUCCUUUUCAUACAUCUUUACAAUAACUGAAAAUUUUGUUUACUUGUACAUGGUUUUCUGAUAACUUUCGUUUAACCAACCGAAUGCCUAAUUUUAGUACUCCGCAAUCUUUUGACGUUGCAAGCUACGAGAAGGAAGAAAUGAUCGACUUUUUGCAAAUCGCAAGCCGUGAAGAGAUUUACUCAAUUUUGGAAAUUUUCCACUGCAAAUAAACUCGAAUCAUUGCCACCACCGAAUGACAAGAGCUAUAUUCAUGCCAGACGCGUUUGCAAUAACGAAAAGGAAUCCAUAAAGUGUAUAUCCCACCCAUGUAGCAUUACAUUCUAAAUCGGUUUAACCGUGCCCGAACGUCUGGCUGUCUAUCUGCCUCUCUGUCCCUAUGUCCAUCCGUCCCCCUAAUGCUCGUGGUAAACAUUCUCCAGGUGGUAAAAAUUAAAAUACCGGUUUCAAAUUUGCAAAAACAUAGGAAAUUCUUGUAAGCAGGUUAGCAUUGAGAAUGGGGCUCAAAACUGUCAAAGGCUAAGCCUACAGUAUAACGUAACUUGAAAAUACUUCGUUUUUAGAAAUAAAAAGAAUUUAAUUUUUUACUCGUUACUUAUAAUCAAAAAAAUUCAAAAAAACAAAAAUUUGCACGUAUAUUCUCUAACUGAUCUUCCAGCACUUGCAUAAAAGUGGAAAAAAUCGGCUACACCCAUCCAAUGUUAUAGGGUAUCAGAGUUUCAUUCUUUUAUCAAAGUGAUUGUAACAACCUGAAAAUAACAUCGGAAACCCUACAAAGUAUAUACGUUACUCAUCAGUGGUUAAUUUUGAAUGCGUUAAGGCACCUUUGUCUGUCUGCCUUCUUGUUCAUUUGUUUAUUUGCCCGCGGCAAUAAAAAUGGAAAUAUUGGUGUAAACUUCGCAAAAAACACAUAGAAUGAGGAUUAUUGAAAACAAGAAGAGUUUCUCAGGAUGCAGCUCGAUAGUUUGGCAAAUUCUUCGUAUAUUUUCGCAACGGCGAUGGCUCAAUCAGAAAAUGAAAUAGACAAACCGAUCUUUUUCUUUUUCACAUUCAACUCAUCAUUCAGCUUAUCUGCGGCCUGAAAGCUCUUUAAUAGCGUCAUAAAACUUUCAAGGACACUUUAAAGUCAGCACCCGCAACAUCAACUCUCAGGCGCCCUAACAACAGGAUUACGAUGCUUUAACUGAACUUGAUUUAAGAGCAUGGUGACACCAAUAGCUGUUCAGUGCCAUCUUAAGAGUAGCAGUUAUAUCUUUAAGACCCUUAACUACCCAAUCAAAAGUAACAAUUCUUCAUAGGAUAGCCUAAAAAACCUCGUUUAUCCUAAAAGUUUAUCCUAAAGUUAGGAAACCCAG